AUGGAAACUCAUCAAAUCGUACGGGAUACUCUAACUUUUCAAAACCAGAAUUACAAACCAUUACAUUCAGAUAUAUUUGAAUUUGAUGAACGAUUUGUAGAUCCGGUAUUUGUAAAGGCUUGCAAGGAUGCCAAGCAAUUACAUUCAUAUUUCGAAUUGAUGCAAAACGCACAAGAUGAGGAAAGCUUUAAUAACAUUAGAAAGGAAUACAAUCAAAAGAAGAGAGAAAUAUUACUAACUAUUUUGACAGAAGAAGUACCACAAGUGUAUUCUUUAGUGAUUUUUACUGAAGAAUUUUGUAAAAAAUUAAUUGAAGAGAAGGAUAAUUACGAAAAGACACAAAACGUGAAAUUACGUCCUAACUCAAUGAAUAAUUACGGAAUUGUGAUAGACGAGAUUGGAAUGGGUAAAUUCUUUGAUACAUUUGUUCGAGAGUAUUUUUCACCGUUGGCCAAGAUUAUGAAUCCAGCUGGUUUUGAUCUUGAUGACCAUCAUACUUUUUUAGUUGAGUAUUUCAUUGGAGGAGACUCUGAUCUUUCAGUUCAUGUUGAUGACAGCGAAUUAACCCUCAACGUUUGCCUUGGAAAACCAGGAUUUGAAGGCGGAAAUUUGUUUUUUAAAGGUCACCGAGAUGAUCCCAAAACGUACAAUCAAUAUUUCGAAUAUAAGCAUGUUCCAGGGCGAGCGGUUAUGCAUGACGGAGCCAUGAUGCAUGGUGCCUUACCGUUGACUAAGGGAGAGCGAGUGAACUUGAUCAUUUGGGCUCGAUCGACACAGAUGAGACAACAAAUUGAGACUGCCCUCAAGGAAAUGCAAGAAAAGGGAGAUCACUGUUGUUGUGACCAUCAUGAUGAACAUUCGUGUCACGACCAUGACGGUGCAUGUGAGCAUCACCAUUAG